UAUGUUUUGGAGUUUGCAGCUAGUAUCCCACACUAACCUACAGGCUCUGGUUGUCAUAGAACAAAAGCAGCUCAUGCUCGUAUUGAACAAACAAACUGAACGAAAAUUCCGAAGCACCAACGUUACAUGUACCUUUGUUUACAGCCCCAGUAGCAGCCAUGUCCGCGACCAGAGACCAUCCGUAUGGAUCCACAGUGCGCCACACGAUUGUGGCACGGUCCAAUCGGCCGGUGAUCAACCGGAUGAUUCGCUCCGCCCGCUUGGACUCCACUUUGGGCCAGAACGUUGGUCAGAAGCCAGCUAAGGAGAAGAGGACGGAGGUGAAGAUGCAGCUGAUGCAGAAGGAACGCUCCUCAAGCACGGGUAUGAGCGGAUUCUCCAAGCUGACCCAACGCGAAGGCCUGAAGGGCAAGGACUACUGGAACGCAGCCAUCGAUGAUGUGGAGUUCGCCGCCGCCUGUCGCUUCCAACCCCGCAUCCCGGUCAUUGAUUACUCUCUGGUAUUGCCCCCUCGCUUGCGGGAAAGGGUGAAGCGCAUCCAGAACUAUGAUUACUCCAAGUCCGACGAAGACAUCUACAUCCGGGACGAGAUGCAGGAGGUGCGCCCAGAGGACUACAUAAGCGCUGAGAGCUCCGAGAGAAGCGAGGAGGAGGAGGAUGCCGUGCUCCUCGAAAUCGGCCGAAAGAAGGUGGAGGAGUACUUCAACGAGAGCGAGCACUCGGAUAUCGUCCGCAUGGAGCACGAGUUCGAGAAGUUCGACCUGAAGCUGGAUGAGCCGGUAGGACACACCCAUCGCGUCGUGGACAAGACCAGUUGGUAUGCCAAGUUCCUGUGCGCCCCGCGAGACAAGAGGGUUUGCUGGCAGAGCCGAGUCGAGCAUCCCGGCCAGAACUACUCCAUGGUGACGCUGGACGAACAGGCCGAGAACCUCAUGGAUGCGUCGGCGGAACGUUUCGUCGAGUGGCUCAACUCCUUUGGCACCCUGGAGAGCAACCUAACUCCAGAGAAGGUCAAGAACCUUUUCUCCAUCAAAGGUGAUCGCACUUUACUAGCCUCAGUUAAGACUGAUCCCAAAGAAGUCAAUGCCAUUGCUCAGACAGUUGCUGAUAAAUGGAACAAGCCGCAUAUGGCCAUUGAGCUGAAGUACGAGAAGCACAUCAAUGACCACGCCACUCGUGUCAACCAGAAACCCCUGCUGAGUGCCUUUGGACGCACUGUGCCGCUCAAGGAUCGCCCCUGGCUGAAGCGAUCCGGCGACACCGAAAUCAAGACUGUCUAUCCCGAGGAGCUGCUGACCCGCGAGAAGAUCUUCAAGGGCAUCACCCACCUGCGCAGCACCACGGCCCUCAUCGACUUCUACCUGGCCCAUCCGGAACUGGAGCGUCCAAAGUACCUCCUGGAGAGCGGCGACUUCGAGGAGUCCAGUACCAGUGAAUCCGUGCUCGAGGUGCCGCUCUACGAACUCCUGGGAUUGCGUUAUUAAUUUUAAUAUUUUAAACUGUUAGUUUUCUAAAUGGCUAUAUAUGCAGUACAAAAAUGUAUAAACUUCCAUGUUAUUUGGAGAAAUAUAUGCAAAUCAAUAGUAAUCUAUAAA